AUGCAGGCCCCGUCACGAACUGCGCGGCAUGAAGAUCUAAGACAGAGCAAAGAUAUAGGAAAUUCUUCAAAGGCCGUCCUAAUAGCUCAAUUGAAAGAAACGGCCAUGGAAGUCAUAGACUAUAACCGUACUUUGGGAGCCCUCACCCAGAUGGGAAUUAACGGACUACCUCCAACACGACCGAAAUGUACCAACCAGGAACACCGCGGCACCGACGUCAGCCAACGCGCGGCCGGACUCGUCCACAAACCCACUUUUAACAACGAUCUAGAGACUAUGUUUUGCGAUGAGAGGUAA